CGACAAGCUCCCAGCGCACGUGACCUCGUUGUUUUCCAUUUUGUUUCGAUUGUUACCAUAGCAACGAGAUACACGCGUGAUAAGCUACCGUGAUGAUAUUGGAGCAGGAAGUGAGAAAAGUGGGAAAAGUGGACAGCUGUCACAUCUAGUAAGGCAGAUGUAAUGUAGUACGACAGCUGUGUAUGUACGGCAGGGUUCAAAGGGCGUGUCACUCUGAAGAAACUACGAAGGAGAAGCAGACGACUGUGCGAGAUUAACUUUUCGCCCGCACAGUCUUCUCGCCGCCCACACACAGGCAGGCAAAGAAACGCAGGUUGAUGUUGUUGUAAGUUGUUAAUCGAUACUCAAGACCAGGAGUAGCCAUCGUCUGGUGGCACUGACACGCAUCGCUGGGUCGUCGAACGGCAACAUAAUCCGGAUCGCCUCCCAUCGCCAUUGCUGCGGCGACAUGGAGGUAUGCCGGCCUCUUGUGCUGGCGGUGCUGCUCUUUCAUGUGGUGACAGGUCAGACGAGACCGCGAAUUAAUAGCACCGUCCUGGUCAAUGGCAAUGCCACAGCUGGUCGGGUGGAGGUGAUGGUCGACGGCGUAUGGAGUACAGUCUGUGAUGAUAAUUGGGACAGUCGUGAAGCCACUGUCGUCUGCAGAAGCCUGGGACUUUCGGGAGGGACAGCCUAUUCAUUAGCACGGUUCGGCCAAGGGAAUCCGAGUUGGCCAAUCCUCGUAGACGACACAGAGUGCACGGGGUCAGAGGCCAGUCUUGGCGAUUGUUACUUCGUCACCGGCAGCAACGUCAACUGUGAUCACGGCGAAGACGCGUCAGUGGUUUGCGGUCCAGCGCCAGCAGCAGGGCAGACAACUCCGGCUCCAGUCACCACCACUCCACAGGCUGGGGCCACACUGCCGACCAACUGCACGCAAGGUACGUCCCAGUCAGUCCGUUUCUUUGGCAUCCCAGGCCUACAGGGCGCGGGCUACGUGCAGGUGAGGACAGACAACGGCACCUGGGGCUUCGUCUGCGACGACGGGCUGGACAUCAACGUGGCCAAGACCGUCUGCAAGGAACUCUGCUAUACUGACAUGUCAAUAGUAGAGCCAGGCAUCAAGACCGAGUACCAGGUAGCUAUCACGAACCCGCUGAUCGUCCAGGACGACACCCGUUGUUCCGGCACCGAGACUCAGCUCGUCCGGUGUGCGCAUGCGCCUUUCUUCACCAGCAACUGCGGCCCCACAGAGCUAAUGACCGUCUCGUGCGUGCAGCCGGUGUACACCACACCCCAGCCGCCGAUUCCAAUUUUGCAGUGUCUGAAUGACAGCCUUCUUGCAUUGUUUAACAAAAGCUGGGACCAAAAUCUCGAUUUAAAAUUCCUGACAAUAGCCGACCCUUACACCGGGGACUGCAACUUAGUAAAGGACUCAGCAGGUGACUUCUUUUCCCUCAAGAUCCCCCUUCAACAGUGCGGCACAAAGGUCACCCAAAACGCGACUCACAUCAUAUACAGAAACGCUAUUUUGGUUUCAUCUACAUCAACUAUACUUGGACUCGUCACUCGCUCCAACACUUACCGCGUGGAGCUCGAGUGUGACGUACCACGUAACGCCUCCGUGAACAAGUACGUCCAGCCGCUGACAGAGACCGUGACCCAGAAGACACUGGGGCAGUUUGUGGUCACCUUGACCCUGUACACGGACAUGCAGUUCUCAAACCCAGUAGUGUCCUACCCGUAUCAGAUAACCCUGGGUAGCUGGAUCAAUGCAGCCGUGGAGCUACAGUCUGCGGACUCUCGCUUGAAGCUGGUUGUCACAGACUGCUUUUCUACCCCGAAUGCCUCGUACUACAAUAGUAGUAAUAUGUACUCACUCUACAAAACGAAGUGUGUUGUAAAGGACAGCACCCUGGAAGUCUACCCGCUGAGUCUGUCCAAAUUCGCCAUGAGGCUGCAGCCAGUUCUCUUCGUGGGCAAGCCCACCGUGGCCCUUGUGUGCAAUGCUAUCGUCUGCCUCGACUCUGAGGUCACUCAGGAGUGCGACCGAAGCUGCAACAACUCCAAGCCUGUCGCCACACGACGACGUCGAGCAGCGGAGUCUCGUCCUGUCUACACCGUCACCACGGACAUCAUCAACAUCGUGGUGACGGACGAGCCAGUGACAGAUCUUCCAACUUUGAGAACCUCAACCACCUCGUUUACAUCAUCUUCAUCAUCGCCUACAUCUAUACGCACCUCAGAGAUGAGUAUGACGACAACCCUUGCUGCUGACCAGCCAAGGCUGACGGCUUCACCUGGAGCUACAGCGACAUCCGCGAAUACUUUGUCGGCAGGAAAUACAUCAUCGACCUCGCUACCAGUUACCGAACCCCGGAGUACAACACUGGCUGUGAUGGAGUUUCCCAAGUCGGGAGCAGAGGGAAAUGGUGGGGGGGAAACAGGGGUUGAGACUGAGAUUCAUAGCGUGGGUGAUGGAAACAGUGCCUCGAGUACAGCUGGACACUCAACACUCGUUGUAACUCUCCACGUGCUCGUGGUCUGGCUGUGUAGGCCAUUCUUACACUAAUGGUCAUUUGAGACCAGCGAUAGUUUUGUAUCAAUGAUAUAGUUAGGUGAUCUUUAUAGAAGGAUGGGGGAAACAUGCAUAGCGACUCAUACAAGAACAGAUUGUAGGACUGGCACACACACACACACACACAGACAGACUCACUCACAAUCUAUACUCAUAAAAAUUGAAGAAUAAACACAAAAAGACUAAUAAAUAAAAAAUACAAUUACACAUUGACCUGCAAAUCCUUGCCCGUUGUCUUCACGAGGUAUCCAACAACUGGCUGUGAUAUUGUAACCACGGAGUGUGUGUACAGGAUAAAAACCGUUUUUUUCCCAGAAGUCAUCACAGCGACUGGUUUGCUGUACUUGCCACUGAGAGUAGUUUUGUAAAUGAUUAAUAAGUGUAUUUAGACAUGCUGCUGCUCUACGUACUUAUGUCUUCGAAAGCUUUUUACAAAAUCCAUUUUUGUGUGAGUAUAUAUUUAUAACAAUAUUGACUGAUCGUUUCCUCUGAAUGUCAGUAAUGCUGGACGUUGGAGUGAUUGUUGUACGGGUACAACUUCUAUAUGAUUAAAUGAUCUCAAGCUGUUGAAAGUUUUCACAAAUCUUUUCUUCUUUUGUAGUCCAUUUGAUAUCUUUCUGUUUUAUCUCUCAAUCACACACACGUGUACAACGAAAUUAAGUGAGAAAUAAGAGAUUUUUAAACUUUUAUUUUGUUUAAAAACUUGUUUUACUUACAAUAUGCGCUAUACAUACUUCCUGCGCACGUUUCAAUAUAAAUGUAAUUGUGAUUAUUGAAAAUUUUAAUAUCAAUGUAAUGAUGAUUUAACUAAAGUUCAAUAUCAGUUUCUGGCAAUUAAAAUUUUUUUUUAUCCGCUUAAAGCAAUAAAAUGAUUAAUAUCAACCUCUAUUUCAUCGUUCCUCUAUUCUUCUCUAUGAGGGGUUGGGGGCGGUAACGGGUUGGUGGUUAGUGCAAUUAUUUAUUGAUUCGAGGUCUGUGGCUGGUAAGCUGAACCAAACUGGUUAUCUGAUGUAUAUAUAUAUAAGGGGAGCUAAACGAGGCGGAAGACCCUAAAACUACUUUGCUUCACUGCCCUUACAGCACUCUAGGCUGUGGGACUAAUAUCUCUAGCCACGAACAAGCCAAUUCCUAAACUUAAUGAAUCAAGAAAAAAUAUAUGCAUUAAAACAAUUUUCACAUACUGCAGAUCGAAUUUCGAGCUACACGUGUCUGAUGUUAUGAUGUGGAUGUUCGUUGGGUACAAUCACAGCACAAACUUGUAUCAAACAUGUCCAUGAUGAUAGUGCAGAUCGAUGGAGGAUUUCGUCUCGGGGAAUAUGUAUUUCUCCAUGGGAGGAUUCCUGUUCACAGAACUGCCAUUCAGGGUGAGAGAAGUGCUCCAAUUUCCUCCCGUUUCUAUCGUAGUACAAAAACAUUGCUAGUUGGAGGCAUUUUCCUAACAGCCAACCAUGCCACACUUUCCACACGUCCAGUCUUUUCCUGCUCCAGUACAUGGCGGAGAAAAUGAUUAUAUCUUUCUGUCGUUCUGUAUAUGUAGUGUUAUGAAUAAAUUGUUUUCGAUGACUAAAAUGAACCAAAAAAA